UUAACAUGACUGGAUUCUGGAUUUUAAUUUUGUUCUUUAGCACAAUGUUCCAGUCUGGUAGACGCUGGGUUACUGCACAAUCCACAGUACUAGAUAUUUAUCAGCUUGAUGAAGUGCUCAGUGUGAAUAUCGGCAACUCGGCUACUUUGCAGUGUUGUGUUUUUGGUAUAAAAGACGAAGAAAUUAUCUGGUUCAAGCAGCAAAAUGGAAAACAGCCUCAGAUUAUUCUCAGAUUCUUUAAAACCGCUCAAACAACAUUUUACAAUGAAUUUCAAAAUUCUCAAUUCCAAAUAAAAAAAUUUGGAAACUGCUAUAAUUUGACCAUUUUAAACACUGUGCUGUCCGAUGAAGCCAGGUACUACUGUGCACUCGUGUUUGCAGCUGGAACACAUUUAAAAAUCAAAGGUGAGCAUGUUACUAUUGCAUCAGAAACAUCUAAACCAGCUCUGUGUGAUAAUUCAGCGGUGUGUGACAAAACACUGCACAGAAACAGCAUUAACAUGAAGAUGCAAGAGAAAGCUGUGCUCAGUUUGGGAACGGCUUUGGGCUUUUGUGCACUUCUGAUCGUCUGUCUCACUUAUGUCAUCAUACAGAAAACACAAUGUGGUGCAAAAGAUUCUUUAAGAACAAGACAGGAAUGUAAUGUUGACAGCUUGACUUAUGAAGCUUCACAGUUGUUGAAGAGGAAACCUGGAGGAGGGGAUGAUUCUGUAUACUCUGAUGUGAUGUAUGUGACACUGUAAUAUAAUGGGAAUAAUCCUGAACUUUGUUUGUUUUUUUGUUUGUUUGUUUUUUUGGUAAAAAUGCUGCAGUACUACAUGUCUUUUACAUCUAAAUAUGUGAAAUUUUAUUUAAAAUUCUCCUUAUUGGUAUUAUUAUUAAUAUUGUUAUUACUAUUAUA